AACCGAAACAUAACCUUCAAACGUGCUUACAGGCUUACGGGGAAAACGUGGUUUGAGUUUGAGUGUAUUAGUUUUUUUCUUUUAUGGUGUUUCUGUUCGGUGGAUUUUGAAAUUUAAAAUUUGAAAUGAGUACAAGCUCUAGCUUAGCAUCCGACGGCGAGGAGGAUACCGUGGACCCAGUGCCGGCAUCAGCAGCGCCGCAAAAGAAGACAAGGACAAGAGCUUCUCAAGCUCAAAGGUCACACCUUAUAAAAUAUAUGCAAUCCCAUGAUAUUUUUGCGAAAACUGGCCUGUGCCCUGGAAACAAAGGCAAGGAAGGUGCCGAUCGCAUGUGGCGAAAAUUGGCUGAGGCCUUGAAUGCAAUUGGCCCUGCAGCUAGAUCUCCUGCAGCGUGGAAGCAGACUUGGCAUGAUCUCAAGAAGAGAAUCAAGCAGAAAGCAGGCGAUAUUAAGCGAGCUAGGCUGAAGACCGGUGGUAAAGCUCCAAAAGAUGACAAAGGUAGACCCAUACCUCCUCUGACGCAGGAAGAAGAAAUUCUAUUCAGACUUUGUGGCGGUGAUGACUGGGUCGGCCAAGACGAAGAAGAGGAAAUCGGUCUCCGUCAACCUAUUAAGAAGACAAAAGUGGCUGCAGGAUGCAGUGACGAAGACAUUUUUGAGGAACCAUUGCAGGCCCACGCACAAUCAAGGAGAGACGCUGAAAACUUUGAUGUUGAAAAUAUGUCUUUUGUAUUUCUUAAUGAAUCGGACGAACAAGAUGUGUAUGUACCAGUUUGUCAGCUGGGAAGUUUGCCGGCAGUUCGUAGCACUGAAAAUGAGUCGCAUCAAGUAGCACCGACCCUGUCACUUUCAACCAUUGAUUCUGCAAGGACUCAAAAAGAGUCUCAAAUUUCUCCGGAAACAACAAACUCGAAGCCUACGGAAUUUGCACGGAAGAAUGAAAAGAACGACAAGUUUGUGGCCAAACCAGGUUCCUCCAAGUCUAAUGAGAUUCAAGAUGCUGAUAAGAAAAGAAAAAAAACGCCAACUAUUCGUGAAACAUAUGAGGACACGACAAUGCAAUAUAUAAAUGCGACAAAUGGACUUGCUGCAGCAUAUCGGGAGCACACUGCAGCUAUCAAUCAACAAACAGAGGUACUGCGAGCGCAUACAGAAGCUGUGACGAUAUUGAACGAAACAAUUCACACCUUGGGUGAAGGAUUGCCUGGUGCAAUUAUUCAGUUGGCUCAAUCACUGAAAUUGCAAGCACGAACCAGGCCAACCAGUUACAAUGAAGAGAAUAAUAAUAUGAGCAAUGGACAUAUUUUCUAGAUUCUACUUUUCAAUUUGAAUUACAUUAUUGUGGGUACUGCAUAACGACUCAAUAGUUAUGCUAUGAUUUCAUUUCUCAUGGGUACUUGAGUACAUCAUCCGAGGUUUCUAACUAUCAUUAAUUUAGUACCCCUCAACGUUAGGUUUUUGCACCUUUAUAUUUGUUAUCUGUUAAGUCAUCUAGAUUAGAUUAAUUGUGCUGCAAUUGCUGGAAGAACGUGUGGUUGAUUUCAUCUCAUUCUUAAUUUUUUGUGAUAGUGCUAUGCGCGGAAUAUGUUACAAAGUAAACUGUAAGAAAUUGGUAGAGCAAUACUCAUUCAAGUGAUGAAAUGUACAUUCAAGGGAUCCAUUUACUCUCCAGUUCCAAAUCUUAAGUACAAGUGUUUAAAUUUCCCUGCGUUCCUUAGUGUGGAGUACGGAAAUAACUCAUUUCAGCAUGUCAUUUUAGCGCUCAGGAAAUGCGUGAUGUCAACCCUGUACAAAGAACGGAGGAAAAACCGCAACUUUUUUUGGGAGAAAAAUAAAAUUUCGCGCAAACUUUAGCACCAAGGUACAAAAAAGUGCCCUGUUUUACACUAGCUUUGUAAAUAAUGUUCAUUUAAAUAAUAUUUUUAUUUGUUAUGUUUCUUCUACCCUUAUUCUGUUAUUUAUUAAGUCAUUGAUACUAGCUAUACGUGCUGCAAUUAAGGUGCUUGGUGCAUUUCAGCACUUGCUUCACUCCUAAAAAUUGCGGCUGACAUGGAAUGAAAAGUAAUUUUCAGGAAAUUGUAAGCCUGCUAUUCAAAAAUGUCAUUAAUGAAGUUUUUUUUUCUCUUCUUAUUCUUGUGAUAGUAAAGUCAUAGAGAUUAGUUUCAUUUGCUGCAAUUACCAGAAAAUUAUUUGGUGCAUUUCAGCACCUCCUUCAUUUCUGCAGAAGGUGGCCAAUGUGCUGAAAUUUGAAUUAGUUUUAAGAAACUUGGAAGACUACCGCUCAAUAAUUUUAUCAGUUAAGUUUUCUCUGUCUGUAUUUUCGUUAUAAUUAAGUCAUAGAGAUUAGUUUCAUUUGCUGCAAUUACCAGAAAAUUUUUUGGUGCAUUUCAGGACCUCCUUCAUUUCUGAAGAAGGUGGCCAAUGUGUUCUGAAAUUUGAAUUAGUUUUAAGAAACUUGAAAGACUACUGCUCAAUAAUUUCAUUAGUUAAGUUUUCUCAGUCUGUAUUUUCGUUAUAAUUAAGUCAUACAGAUUAGCUUCAUUUGCUGCAAUUACCAGAAAAUUUUUUGGUGCAUUUCAGCACCUCCUUCAUUUCUGAAGAAGGUGGCCAAUGUGUUCUGAAAUUUGAAUUAGUUUUAAGAAACUUGAAAGACUACUGCUCAAUAAUUUUAUUAGUUAAGUUUUCUCAGUCUGUAUAUUCGUUAUAAUGAAGUCAUAGAGAUUAGCUUCUAAUUAGCUCCUGCAAUUACCAAGAGUAUUCGGUGCAUUUCAGAACCUCCUUCAUUCCUGGAAACAGUAGCCCAUGCAGAAUGAAAAUUGAAUGAGUAUUUAGAACCUCGGAAGACUGCUACUCAAUAAUUUUAUUACUUAAGUUUUCUCAGUUAUUAUUUUUGUUACAGUAAAGUCAUUUAGAUUAGUUUUAUUUGCUGCGAUUACCAGAAAAGUAUUUGUUGCAUUUCAGCACCUCUUAAAUUCCUGGAAACAGUAGCCCAUGGAGAAUGAAAGUUGAAUUAGUAUUUAGAAACUCGGAAGACUGCUACUCAAUAAUUUUAUUACUUAAGUUUUCUCAGUCAUUAUUUUGGUUAUAGUAAAGUCAUUUAGAUUAGUUUUAUUUGCUGUGAUUACCAGAAAAGUAUUUUGUGCCUUCCAGCAACUGUUUCAUUUCUGAAGACUGCGGCUCUUGUGGGCUGAAAUUAGAAUUAACUUUUAGAGAGUUGGAAGACUGACAUUCAUUAAGUCAACGUAAGUUCUACUUUGAGCUUAUUGUAAUUUUAAGAAAGAAGAGAAUUAGAAUAGCCAUAUGCUGUGAUAGUUUAUUAUGUGAAAGCUACAAUUCACUGAGCCGAAGCUUUUUGACUACACCCAGUCAUCAUCAAUCGAUUAUCCUAAUUUAAUUUGAAGUAAUUUAUUUCUUUUGGGCCAUUUCCAAUGAUCAUAUGCUGAGUUCUGUGGCGUCUUGAAUAUUGGCCUCAGUCUUAAUUCAUUUUUUAUAUGGAAUAAUAUACUUGUUACUAAGUAAGAAUAAAAGAUUUUCUUGCAAUUUUUAAAUGACAUCAACUUACAUUUAAAUACUCCUCUUGUUACUUAUAGUCACCUCUUAACUCUGGGUUCAAAAAUUUCCAUACGUUUGAUUGUAUUCAGGAUGCAAAAAUAUUUAUAAAACUUAUCGAAUAAAUAACACUUUUUCCAGUA